AUGCGGUGUACCUGUAUAUAUUGGGUGGAUAAAAUGUUAAAUAAAUCCUUCUAUCAUUUGGGCGUUUUAAUUGCGAAACAUCCUGGCUAUUUUAUCAUAAUACCAGUGCUGUUGACCAUGCUCUGCAUGACUGGCUACCAACAGCUAAAAUAUCAAAUUGAUCCCGAAUAUUUAUUUUCCCCUAUCAAUGGAGAGGGUAAGGCUGAACGCGCUGUUGUCGAAAACUAUUUCAAAGUCAAUUACACGCAUAGAUUUAAUGUGGGACGCAUAACUAGACCGGGUCGUUUCGGACGUGUCAUUGUUAUACCCAAAGACGGCAACGACAAUAUGUUGCGCCGUGAGACCUUCCAAGAAUUACGACAUCUGGAUGAUCUCAUACAGAAUGCAACGGUCGAAUAUGAAGGUGAAAUAUUCACGUACAAGGAUGCUUGUGCACGCUGGGAGAAUGAAUGCUUUCAGAAUGAUAUAUUGAAUUUAGAUUUCAUAAUGGACGAUAUUGAGUCCGGCGAACUGAAUCUCACUUUUCCAAUUAUGUUUAAUCCGGUCACGUGGGAUGCGCACGCGUUUCCCGUCUUCUUUGGCGGCACAAAAUUGACGGAGGAUAAUAUAAUUAUUAGUGUGCCGGCGAUACAGUUAGUUUAUUUUGUGACUGCGGACACUAAACGGCAAGACGCAAAAGGUGCCGAAUGGGAAGAGACUUUCCUGAAAGUCGUAGGCAAAGCUGAAAAUUCAGGUGCCUUCAAACAUAUAUCAGUCUCAUAUUUCGCCUCGCGCACUUUGGAUCAUGAGUUGGAGAAGAAUACGCGUGCUGUAGUGCCAUAUUUUAGCUCGACAUUUGCAUUAAUGGCGCUAUUUAGCGUCAUCACGUGCAUGAUGGGCGACGCCGUACGCUCCAAACCAUGGCUUGGUUUGAUGGGCAACAUAUCGGCUAUCAUGGCUACUUGUGCGGCCUUCGGUCUGGCCAUGUACUGUGGCAUUGAAUUUAUCGGUAUCAAUUUGGCAGCGCCCUUCUUAAUGAUAGGCAUCGGCAUUGACGACACAUUCGUGAUGUUGGCCGGCUGGCGACGCACACCCGCCAAAAUGCCCGUAGCCGAACGCAUGGGCCACAUGAUGUCUGAAGCCGCCGUCUCCAUAACAAUUACAUCGCUCACCGAUCUAUUCUCAUUUUGGAUUGGCAUCAUUAGUCCGUUCCGUUCGGUGCAGAUUUUCUGCACCUAUUCGGUAUUCGCUGUUGUCUUCACUUUCGUUUGGCACAUCACUUUCUUCGCGGCCUGCAUGGCGAUAUCGGGUUACAGGGAACGACACAACUUGCACGCGAUCUUCGGCUGUAAAGUGCAGGCAAUGUCCGUGGCCAUAAAAGAAAAACGCAACUUCUUGUACAAAGCCAUCAUGGCGGGCGGCAUCAAUCGCGACGAUCCCGACAAUCCAAUCGACAACAAAGAUCACAUGUUUAUGGCAUUCUUCAAAGAUCAUCUGGCCGCUGUGAUUAACAAUAAAUGGUGCAAAAUGCUAAUCAUACUGAUAUUUGCAACCUAUUUAGCGGGCGCUUGUUAUGGACUCACACAGAUUAAAGAGGGCUUGGAGCGUCGUAAGCUAUCAAAAGCUGAUUCCUACUCAGUGGAGUUUUUCGAUCGUGAGGAUGAGUAUUAUCGCGAGUUUCCAUAUCGCAUGCAGGUGAUCAUCACUGGCGAUCUGAACUAUUCCGAUCCCAUUGUGCAAGAUCAAAUCGAGGAGCUUACUCGUACACUUGAGAACACAUCGUAUGUCACGUCAUCACUAUAUACCGAAUCAUGGAUACGUUCGUUCCGUUCGUUUGUCGAUCGCAACAAUGACUAUCUCAAUUUGACCAUCGAUGACGAGCAAUCGUUUAUUGACGCUGUCAAGGAGCAUUGGCUAUUCCCCGGCAAUCCAUUUUCACUCGAUGUCAAAUUCAACGAAGAUGAGACACGCAUUAUCGCUUCACGUUUUCUCAUACAAGCCGUUAAUAUCACCGACACAAAUCACGAGAAGGAAAUGGUGCGUGAUUUGCGCAAGAUUUGUAAAGAUUCACCGCUGAACGCCUCAAUAUUCCAUCCGUACUUCGUGUUCUUCGAUCAAUUUGAGCUUGUGCGUCCGACUUCGAUACAGUCAAUGAUCGUUGGUGCGCUCAUUAUGAUGAUCAUAUCUUUCAUCUUUAUACCCAACAUACUGUGCUCGCUGUGGGUGGCCUUUUCAAUCAUUUCGAUUGAGUUGGGCGUUGCUGGCUAUAUGGCUUUGUGGGAUGUCAAUCUCGAUUCGAUUUCUAUGAUCAAUCUAAUUAUGUGCAUCGGCUUCUCGGUGGACUUUACCGCACACAUUUGCUACACUUACAUGUCGUCGAAGAAACGCAGUCCAAAGGCACGCGUACGCGAAGCGCUACACUCACUCGGCUUGCCAAUCGUGCAGGGCUCCACCUCGACCAUACUUGGCAUUAUAGCGCUAUUGCUAGCGCAGAGCUACAUCUUCCUAGUUUUCUUUAAGAUGGUAUUCCUCGUGAUAUUCUUCGGUGCAAUGCAUGGACUCUUCCUGCUACCCGUGCUGUUGUCACUUUUCGGACCCGGCUCUUGGCAGACUUGGUCUGGCACAGAUAUGGGUGACGAGAAUGAUGAAAUUACCGACGUAGAAAGUCCCAUGAAGCUCUCUAGUAUGGACAAAUUGAACUCAUACUACUUACAACAGCACACACCCUUAGGUCUGCCCAUGCCUUAUAGCACCGGCAAAGGUUUUCUGGGCGCGCCCUACAAAGCUUACGGCGACGAAAAAGAUUUGGGUAUCGGCACAUCUGGCGAAGACUCCUCCGAGUCCAGCUCCAGUCGUUCACAACGCCGUCAAGCGCUCGAAGAUGAACACACGCGCCGUCGCUAUGAAGAGGGUUGGCGUCGUUCAUCCUACCACAAUCUCUAUACCAACUCGCAAUCACAAUUCCAGCCCAGCGCCGACCUUUACGGCCAACAAGUAACCGCACAAGAGUGGCGUGCGCGUCUCGAAGAUGAGCAAGAGCAGCGCAAACGUAGCGUCAUCGGUUUGCGCGCCUACGACAACUUCGCGGCCGACUUUAUGCACAUGCAACGCCGUCAUGCCGCACACGGUGAAGAUGUGAUCGACACGCCGGCCGCGCGCAUAGACGCCGCACCCUACACGCCCACAUCAUCGCUAGACGAACGUUCGCGACGUAAAUACAGACCCGCCAUAAACGCCGCGACGGCUGCCACAAAUGCGCCACAUAGCGCUGGUAGCGGCGAUGACAGUAGCUAUCAUCAGCGUAUGAGCGCGCCAACAGCCACAACGACUACAGCCGUGAAACGUUACCAUCGUCGACGCUCGUCGGAGGAUUCAACACGCCAUUACCAACGUUGGCCGCCAUCCAACAUUGAAGAGCGUUACGCACGUCGUUAUGGCAACAAUAAUGCACGCGACGAUAGCGCGGCUUAUGCGCCCGCGCAUGCCAAUUCCUCCUCAUCAGCCGCCGCCGCCGCCAAUGCUUACCGCCCACACCCGCCAAUGCGCUCCUCGUCGCAUCACAAUUUGUACUAUCCCAACAACGUGCAGCAUCCACCGACAUAUCAAUAUGGCGGCGCUUACUACAAAUGAUCGUAGCGAUAGCGAGAGAGUGAAAGAGAGAAAAAGAGAGAGCGCAAGCGCGUCUGUGUGUACGAAAAAGUGAGCGCAUAAGAGUAGCGCUUGCGUAAGCGCAAUAAAUGUAGCUAGGACGCAAACCUCUUUUGCACUUUAUUGAACUAUGCACCAUGCCAGUAACGAACUGGACAUUUAUUGUAUGAAAAAAAGCUCAUUGUGGUUUUU